AUGCAUGCGAGAAACGAAAAAAGGGGUCCCACUACGCCACUAUCGCUGUCGAAAUUGCAAAACAAGCGAAAAUUCCAUCCCAAAUCCGAUCUGGCUGAAGCAAAUUCGCCCCUGAUGUUGCAUUCUAUGGCAUCAACCACCACUGAGUACCAAAAAGAGCUUUUGGAGGCCAAAUAUCGCACCUGGCUUGCAGAGAAUGAGCUAGCGAGGUAUAAAGAGGUGUUUGCAUUUUUAGAGCUUGAAAGAGAGUUGGCUUCUUGA